AGGUGUUUCAGAAGGCAGGACUUCCGCCGGAGGAGGGGGCGGUCUCGGCUGUCUCUCCGCACCGAGGUCCGGCCGGUUUUUUUUUUACGAAUUCCGAGCUGGCUCUCUGCGGCCCCGGGUGGAGAUGGCUUGCGCCGCUGCGCGGUCCCCUGCCGACCAGGACAGGUUCAUUUGUAUCUACCCUGCUUAUUUAAAUAACAAGAAGACCAUCGCGGAGGGGAGGCGCAUCCCCAUAAAUAAGGCUGUUGAAAAUCCUACAGCUACAGAAAUUCAAGAUGUAUGCUUAGCAGUUGGACUUAAUGCGUUUCUUGAGAAAAAUAAAUUGUACUCUAGAGAAUGGAAUCGUGAUGUUCAGUACAGGGGCAGAGUCCGGGUCCAGCUCAAACAGGAAGAUGGCAGCUUCUGUCUUAUACAGUUUCCAUCACGUAAGUCAGUAAUGUUGUAUGCAGCAGAAAUGAUACCUAAACUAAAAACAAGGACACAAAAAACAGGAGGUGGUGACCAGAGUCUUCAGCAAGGAGAGGGAAGUAAAAAAGGAAAAGGGAAGAAGAAGAAGUGACCUGGUGUAAGAAUCAAGUAUGUGGUACUCCUGUAAGAGACGUGAAUGGAGGCCUCCAUUUUGUAUCUGAGAGAAACAGAAGAACCUUUUUAUUUGCAUUUUUAACUGUGAACUUUUGUGCCUCCCA